AUGCGUCGUCGAUUGUGCAUCUCGCUUCCCCUUUUCACGGGGCCGAGCACCUCACGGGUGGGACGCCAGAGGGCACCAAAACUACCUCUGUCCCGUGACAGACAUCAGAGACGGGUGGCGCUCUUCACAUCAAUGCGUGGACAGUCAUCCUCCACUCUGCAGGGGGCUGAUGGGCACAGUGGUGCGCGGAAGGAAGGAGAGGAAGGGGCAGGGCCUCGCUCCCCACUGCAGCAAGCACUGAGUUCUAUGGGAAACGAAGCGUUUACAAGCCUGUUCAACUCGCGUCCCGUAGCAGAGCGGGCGGCAGCGAUGCUUAUUGCGCAACGAUACCCCUCGGGAGGCGUCACGCUGAAGGCAUUUGUGGAGCAGCUACCGAGUCUAAGCCGUGAUGACAUGUUUAGGCGUAGUAUGAGGGUGGAAGACUGGGUGCGAGCGUGUACACUGAUCCAACUUGAAGAGGAUGCGCAUGGCAUCUGCCUUGUGAAACUUGCCGCGGAUGCAAAGUUUUUUCUUCCCGGGGAUGCGGCUGAGGAUGCGACUGAGGAAAAAGAAGGCUUGCCACCCGCGAAGGUGGAGAAGCAAGAAGUGGAUAUGAAUCUGAUCGAAGAAGUGCUGCCCUUUCUGCGUCAGAGGGUGCUCGGCACGAGGGAGUCUGGCGGUUCAAGUUACAAGGCCCUCAACGACGCGUACUCAUCGUUCAUUCGGGAGGCGCUCACGAACGCCACCCUCCGGGGAUUCGCGAACACCCUCAAGUACGUGGAUUUUAUCGCCAUUCUGAGCUCUCCGCGUGCGAGGGAGGAGGUUUGGGUGCUGAAUGAGAAAUACAUUUGCACCCGGCUUCCGGGAGAGACGCAGCCGCCACGGUUUGUGUCCCCACAGCCGCAGACGAUAGUGGCACACGCACUAAAUGCAUACGGCGGCUGGGGUGCGGCAUCCAACGUGCCAACACGGCAGGAUGUGUACGAAAUACUGAAAUAUGUACCCGUUGCCUGGGGGAAUUUUGGUAACCUCAACAUACCAGCCGCGGUGAAGAAACGACACAUUCGUAUCGCCUCUACCUUGCAGUGGUUUCGACGUCAGCCGUUUUACUUUGAACUCCGUAAUCUUGCGGGGACCACGGAGAUUCGUCGCAGCAUUUUGUUGCACCCGGAGGUUCACGGACUGACCCCAGAGGAGGCCCAUGAACGUCUACAGUUAAAGAUUGCAAAGGGCGAGGCAAACAGUCUGGCUCCUGUGAACGCCGAAGGGGAGGUGUUAGCAGCGACGGAAGCGUCGCAGCAUACAAAUGCCCUUUUAAAAUUUGUUGCGCGUGUUUGCCCGGGCUACUUUGUCCCUAUUUCACUUCUUAUGCAACGUUACACCAAGAAGAAUUUGACCCCUGGCGAAUUGCUUGCCUGUGCUAAAGGAAAUCCUGAUCAAUUUGAAAUCAUUCAGCUAAAGUACACAGACAUCCCUCUCCUACGGAAACGCAUUGGCGCAGACAGCGUGCGAUGGAACGAUGGUUUUGUAGAGGAUUUUGAGCGACACCCGGAGGAUGUACGGGGCCUCAUUGUUCUCAUGGGACGCGUUUGCUCCACUUGGGAUCGGCCUCACUAUGUGUAUGUUCGUCUGACGGAGGAGGAAAAGAUAAUUGUGGGUGGAUUCGACGGCAUGAUGAAAAUCCUGCGACGUCACCCGAUGGUGUUCCGUGCCGGAGAGAACUUUAUUUCCCGUGUGGAUCUUUCCGAUCCCCUCUCUUUGCGCGAAUCCGAGCCGUCUCCGGAAGACAUGGCGACCCGCGUUCCGAUUCGUGAAGAAAACCCCUACCUGACUCCACGUGACCUGGCGGUGGUGUUUCAUUAUCUGGCCCCGGACGACGAGCCGUGCACGGCGGCUUUUUUUUUGCAGUGCGCUAGCCCGGCGAUGCGGGCCGUUCUGCCACCGCGUAUCGUCACUCUGUUGCAACUCUUCCCGAGCCUUUUUGUGUGUAAGGAAACUUCGCCGGGCGUCUUUUUAAUGCGCAAAGUGAAGAAGUCCGCCCGACUAUCGGCGGAGGUGUUCGCCGGAGAUUCUGCGCGCGAGAAAAGGGAGGAGGUCUUCUCGGAAACGCCGUCCUCGCCAGGCCUUUCGCUGGAGCAGCGGCGGCGGGAGGAUUUGGGUGAAGAAGGGGAAGCGGAUGACGAGGCGGUGUUUGAGGAGAACGACGUUCUCUCCCGGGAGGAGGCGAUUGAGGCGGUGAAAGUGUUGGUGCCAGCGGGCGGCGUGGAGGCCUCCCGGCUGCUGCUCUGGGCGUCUCUCGCCGUCCAGCAGGCCGCGAACCGGCACUACGGCGGCGUCUUGAAACUCGUGGAGGCCAAUCGCGACGAGUUCCGCGUGCAGGAAAGCCCGGAAUCCAAAAUGAUUUAUCUCACAAAAGAGGGCCAAAAGUAA